UUUCACAGGUCCCGCCGCGGCUGCCCGCAGCCUGUGCCCCCCCGUGCGCUCACCCCCACGUAGCGCAUUUCCCGCACUGCCCCCUGCCCUGCCCGCGCUCAUGCCAUGUCACCGCCGGCCAGCGGGACCCCGCGGCGAGCGGUAACCCCUGUCGCUGGGGGAGCACCGCGCCGGGACUGGGCAUGGCACUGAGAGCGGCUCCAGAACGCUCAUCUUCCUAGACGGUACGUACGGCCCCGAGGGACGCGAACCCUACUGGGGUGAGGCGUGCAGGAGGGAGGGUCCUCGCAGCCCUCAAGGAGCGGCGGCAGCCCUGGAAAAGUGCCGGCUUACCGCUGCAGGGCCGGUACGCGGCACCCGCCGCUCCGCCCUACCUCCAUCGGACCCUGCCGGUACGGUCGCAGGAUUAAUUUUUCUCCGUCUUAUUUACAUGGUGAUAAGAAGUGCUAAUCCCACUCUGUCAGUCUGGACUGAUGAAUCUGAGGAAUAGAACAGAGCCCUGUGUUGUGUAAACGAACUGAUGGAUGAAGAUGAGAAGGACAGGGCAAAGAGGGCAUCACGCAACAAAUCUGAGAAGAAGAGGAGAGACCAGUUCAAUGUCCUCAUUAAAGAGCUUUGCACAAUGCUGCAGGGCCACGGCCACCCUCUCAAGAUGGACAAGUCCACAAUACUGCAGAGGACCAUCGACUUCCUACAGAAACAGAAAGAAAUCACAGCACAGACAGAAGCCUGUCAGAUUAGACAAGACUGGAAGCCUUCAUUUCUUAGCAACGAGGAGUUCACUCAGUUGAUGUUAGAGGCACUAGAUGGCUUUCUCAUUGCUCUUACCACUGAUGGGAUUAUUAUUUAUGUAUCUGAUAGUGUUUCAUCUCUGCUAGGACACUUGCCGUCAGAUUUGGUGGACCAAAAUAUAUUAAACUUUCUGCCUGAGGGGGAGCAGAGUGAGGUGUACAAGCUCCUUUCUCCACAUGUGCUCAUGACAGAUCCUGUUGCAGCUGAUUUUCUAAAUGCAGAAAAACAAAUAGAGUUUUGUUGCCAUUUAGCAAGAGGCAGCUUAGAUCCAAAUGAACCCCUGAUGUACGAAUAUGUGAAAUUUGUAGUGGAUUUUAAAUAUUUUACUGAUGUGCCUACACCUUCCUGUAACGGCUUUGAGUCAGCUAUUGCACGAGCUUUCAGGUCAGCCACAGAGGAGCAGAUUUGCCUGGUAGCGACUGUUCGUCUUGUCAUGCCUCAGUUCUUAAAGGAGCUCUGCAACACUGAAGAGCCAUGUGAAGAAUUUACAUCACGGCAUAGUUUAGAAUGGAAGUUUUUAUUCUUGGACCACAGGGCUCCACCUAUUAUAGGAUAUUUACCCUUUGAAGUUCUGGGAACAUCAGGGUAUGAUUACUACCAUGCAGAUGACCUGGAGCUUCUUGCUAGGUGCCAUGAACACUUGAUGCAGUUUGGAAAAGGAAAGUCCUGUUACUAUCGGUUCCUGACCAAAGGGCAGCAGUGGAUAUGGCUGCAGACACACUACUACAUCACCUACCACCAGUGGAACUCCAAGCCUGAGUUCAUUGUUUGCACUCAUCUGGUAGUUAGUUAUGCAGAAGUUCGGGCUGAGAGAAGGCGAGAUCUUGGCCUUGAGGAGUCAUCAAUUGAACUGGCAUCCUCUUCUCUAAAGAGCCACAGCAGCUACCUGGACGUGGGGCAGUGCGGCAGCAGCCAGGAUGCCAGCCGAGAGGGAGUGUCGCUGUCAUCACACAGCUCCCAGCACUCCUCGCAUACCACCCUCUCCAACUCCACCUCCACAUCAUCCUUGCGGCGCACAGACACCAGCACUCCCACCCGGCCGUCAGUGCCGGGGGUUUCAGGGGAGAAGACAGCCCUGCGGCUGGCAACGGUCAGGAGCACUCAGGCCAUAGCCAUUCCUCAAGCUCCUGGUGAACACCUCUGUCAGCACCCUGUGGCUCAGCUGGCAGGGCCUUCCCAGAACCCUCUGAUGCCAAUGUACCAUUUCCCCACCCAGCUGGGGAUGAUGCACCAGCUGAAAGAGCAGCUGGAGGAAAGGACUCGCAUACUGCAAGCUGACAUCAAGACACAGCAAGAGGAGCUCCAUGUCAUCAAGGAGCAGCUCCAGCUUGUGCAGGACUCAAACAUGCAGAUGCUGAUGCAGCAGCCGAUCCCUGUCAUCUUAAACACUGUGCAGCAGCCGAGCCCCCGGAGGCCGCCGCCGCAGGGGACACCCAGGCAGACCACAGCCAAGAAGUCACAGCAGCCAGUCCUCAUGGGGACAAAGCACUACUGCAGCACCCACCUGCUGUCACCGCACCCAUUCCUCAGGGACCCCUGUGGCACAGUCCCCCAGGUACAGCAGCAGAAGCAGCAGCAUCCAAGAGGAAGCCAAGGCCAGCAAUUAUGUGUGCCAGGGCAGGCAAGCAUUUCAGUGCCCUUCUACAACAACCCCAUGGUGUUCUCCCAAACACACCCUAUCACUGUGGCUGCACAGGUGCUGACUGACAGCAGUGAGAGGCAACCACCAGCUGACUACAGCCAGGACAGGAGCCUCAGGAUGCUGUUGGAUCAGUCCAUCCAAGCCAUGAUGCCCACAGCCAACAGGAAUUGUCAGCCAUUGCAGAGCAGCACCAGCAGGCAGCAAGGAAAGCUUGUUGCAGAGCAGCAGACCCUGCCUCCCCCAGCACAGGUGCAGCCAGUCACCUGCAGCACCAUCAGACCUCCAGCCCCACCACCCAUCUUCUCCCCGUCUCUAAUGAUCCCACACUCCAGCUUCACAUCCCACCAGGCCAGCACACCAGUUCAUCUGCACCAGUGGCCACAGCAGCAAGUUCAGCAGCACCACCUCUACCUUCAGAUGCAAGGUCCUGAGCUGGUGCCUGGGGCUCCGAUACAACGCAUUUUCCAGCCAUCCCACACUCCACAGCAGAACCCCUUGAGCUACUUCCUCCAUCCGCAGCAGCAGAGCCACCACACACAGGGCCAGCCCUGCAACUUGCCUGACCUGCCCGAGAUGCAGCUGCCAUGAAGAUUGGUUCUGGGAGACAAGGCUGUGGCUGCUGUGCCCAGGCACA